CAGGCGGAACGGCGCGGCGAGGAGGAGAGGUGGCUGCGCAGUUUAUCAGGACUAAGACUUAGUCCACUAACGGACAAAAGCCUUACCUUUUCACGCUAUGACGACUUCAUGGGGUCAUCCAAAAAUGCGAUAAGCGAAUCUGUUGACACGGAGGACAGUUAUAACAUGAUGGCUUCUUUCCAGCGUUCUAACAGCCACGACAAAGUCAGGAAAAUAGUGGCCGAGGAGGGUCGAACUGCGCGGAAUUUGAUCGCGUGGAGCGUGCCCCUGGAGAGCAAAGAGGAGGAUGGGAAGCCUAAAUGGCAAAUCGGAGGGAAAUCCAAGAGAAUAACCCAGGGAGCUCACAAAACAACUAAGCAGAACACUACAUCAGCCGCCGGCGAGAAGAACUUUGACAAAAGCCCCACCAAAACCAGGCAGCCCCGGAAAGUCGACCUGAGGGCGCGUUACUGGGCUUUCCUUUUUGACAACCUGCGGCGCGCGGUCGACGAAAUCUACGUCACCUGCGAAUCAGAUCAGAGCGUGGUCGAAUGCAAGGAGGUGCUGAUGAUGCUAGACAACUACGUCAGGGAUUUCAAGGCGCUGAUUGAUUGGAUACAGCUACAGGAAAAGCUUGAGAAGACGGAUGCCCAAAGCAGACCGACUUCCCUGGCCUGGGAAGUAAAGAAGAUGUCUCCGGGACGCCACGUAAUUCCAAGCCCGUCCACAGACCGAAUAAACGUAACGUCCAAUGCUCGCAGGAGUCUAAAUUUUGGGGCUCCUUCUGCAGCGGUGACUUCGAAUCGUCUGGCUCCAUCGGGUGUCAGCUGGGCCGACAAAGUGAAGGCGAACCACACGGCGGCGGCCCCCGCGAGACAGCGACGCGUGGCGCCCCCCCCCGCCUCAGAGACAGCAGCGAGGCAAACAUCUGUGCCCACCCCAGUGCCAAAGCCUUCGCGGAGACACGAACGAAAGGAUGCCGAAGGUUGGGAAACGGUCCAGCGCGGGAGGCCGGUGAGAUCCAAAUCCUCCACUCUGGCAGUGAAAACAGUUUCGUCCACGGAACUGUCCAAGUUGCAAGAUGACAGCAACAAAGAGAACGUCAUCCUCCGGCUGGCGCAGAAGAAGCAGCAGGGUCCGUUGACUGAAGACGCCGUAUCUAAAAACGUAGACCCCAUCCUGAAAGAGUCUGGCUCCUUGUAUGAGCACCCUCUUGCAGAAAGGACUCAAUUCACAGGCCGUGUACUAGAGGACAUCAAGAUCUCUGACAACAAAGGCUCACAAGAGGGUUCUCUGCAGUCAUCAUCUGACGUGCCUGUGGUUCUCAUUGACACCGAACACGUUGCGAAAAAUCCACAAGCGGACACAAUCAUCUCUGCCACUUCCCGUAGUGACGAGGAGACUCAAACAGAAAGAAACAAGAUGGAGAACGAAAUGGACCCCGCUGAUAUUUCCAACUCGAUGGCAGAGGUUCUCGCGAAGAAGGAGGAAUUAGCCGAUCGCCUGGAGAAGGCCAAUGAAGAAGCCAUUGCCAGCGCCAUUGCUGAGGAAGAGCAGCUGACCAGAGAGAUCGAAGCUGAGGAGAACAACGACAUUGAAACAGACAAUGACAGCGACUUCUCUGCCAGCAUGGGCAGUGGAACCAUAUCUUUCUGUGGCAUUUCCAUGGACUGGAAUGACGUCCUAGCAGAUUAUGAAGCUCGUGAAUCAUGGCGUCAGAAUAACUCUUGGGGUGACAUAGUGGAAGAAGAACCGGCUCGUCCGCCUGGCCACGGGAUACACAUGCAUGAGAAACUCUCCUCGCCUUCUCGCAAGAGGUCUUCCAUUUUUGAAU